GAUCAACCCUGCACAUGCACGUCAACACCGAGACUACGAACUCGCUUGCUCAGCCGAUGCCAAUGGUGCUCUUCGCUUAGCAGCACCCUUGGCGCAACUCUAACAGAUGAAACGUCCUGAACUUGAUACCAUCUAGAAAAGUCUAUGCUGCGACAGCCGCAAAAUAAACUUUCCCCAGAGAUGAAAUCAGACGAAUGCGCCAAGCCCCACUGGAUCGUCGCUAUGCUGAAGCCUCCGAGUCCCGGCAGUGGGCGGCGCCCGCGCGAUCCAUCCAUAAUCGACCUCCUAAGGUAUUUAUCUUCUCCCAUCCCCGCGAACCUUUAAUCCGAUCUUCUUCUUUUCCUCUCCAGAGUUUCAGUUUCAAGUGCAUUUGUAUUCAUCCGUCCCAUAUCACAUUCUUUGUUGUAUACAUUCUUUUCUUCCCACAUAUAUACAUUCAUUCAUUCAUUUGUACAAUUUUCCCCUAGGCGGAAACUAUUCUUUUCAAAAUGGGUUUGACAUCCACUUACGCUUCUAUCCUGGCGAUGGCCUCUAUUGCUGCUGCCCAGAACUGCCCUCUUGCGUUCGACGGGCGAGUCCCUGCUGGUAGUGAUGCGGCUUUCUUCGAUACCGAUGCCAGUCCUUUUGGCACCGACUUCGUCAAGGGCGCCAACCUGACAUUCGGCCAACUGAUCAAGAUCCCAGACGUCGGGACCUCGCUUUUCGACGCAGCAGGCAACACAAUCGCCUACGAAGUCACCCUCUCCGACCAAUCCAUCUUCGCCCCCUCCGCCGACAACGUGCAAACCGGUUUCCGCCGCGCCGAACUCCAAAUCGACACCAACAACGGUUCCGACGACUCCACCCUCGGCGUCAAGACCCUCCACUUCACCGUCCGAAAAGAUAACGCCCGCCCUCUCAACACCUCCCACGAGUACCAGCUCGUGUUCCUCGAGGAUGCUAAAUUCAGCACUAACCAGUUUGUGUUGAAGACCGGCACGAUCGCCGGGCAGCCAGCUGGUCAGGAUCCGGAUUUGUUGGUCUUGGUGGGGAAUGUGAAUGCGAACCCAGUGGUGAACUUGUUCAACGCCAGUUUCACGCCCGAUACAUUCCACAACUUUGGACUUACCUUGGAUUUUGACAAGAACACAACCACAGUCCUUUACUCCACUGACGACUCCCCCCUCGCAGUCGUCAACGGCCCAGUUACCAACGAUAUCAGCGGACAAGGCCAAUACCAUUUUGGUGCUCUCAAGAAGCCCUCUGGUGAAGGCAUCAAGGAUGUCACCAAGGAGGGAUUCCAGCCUGCUGGUAUUGACGAGGGCGUUAUCUACGCCGGACUCUUUAUGGAGGAUAGCACUGGAGGCUGUGUGAGCUUGGAUGCUGCUGGUGCUGCUGCUGGUGCUGCUGGUGGAAAUGCUACUGGUAGCAAUGCUGCCGGUGGUGCAACUGGUGGUGAUAAAGCGGCUAAGAAGCCUGCUGCUGGGGAGGGCUGCACUUAAACUGGUUGCAGUAUCAAGAGGGG